AUGUUCCUCCACUUCACCCACGUCACUCAAAGUGUUGCUACAAGGUUUAGUAUUGUCAAUCUAAGGGUGAAACAGGAAGUGAUGAGAAACAGGCAGGUACAGCCAAUGAACAUUCAGCGUCCAUCGAACGUCAAUGUUCCUCAAAGUGACAGAGGUGUUUCCUCCACCCGCGAGGUCGAGUCUCUCAUGAGCGCCUACUGGUUACUAUGUGACGCCGUUCACCAGAUCAACGUCUUCUACGGAGAUCAGUUAUUGGCCGUAUUAUUUACCGCGUUUGUGCACAUCACGAUCUGUCUUUUCUAUUUACAUCUCGCUCUUAUAACUGAAGAAACAAUCACCACCACUAGCCUUGCAGCUUGGGUUAUCACCUACAUUGCUUACGUGCUUCUAUUGUUCCGUGCAAGCACACUGGUGCAUGAUCUGACCGACGAGGCAGCACCUAUGAUCUGCAAGUUGAUCAACACGGAUUUGGACCCAACUCUGGUAACAUGCCUUGAAGAGUUUUUGCUUCAGUUAGGCAAACACAAACCAAGAUUGUCUGCCCUUGGAUUUUUUGAUGUUCAGUACUCUACCCUGACAGGGAUGGCAGCUGCAGUCACUACUUAUCUAGUUAUCAUGAUCCAGUUUGAAUUUCCAACAUUUUCACUGGCAUCAUAUCCAUAUAAGAAUUAA